UGUUUAAGAAAAAUAAAGUUUUGCUUUCCUGAUAUUUUAUUUUUAUCUCUUCUGUUGUGUUUCUGCUACUUCUGUUCUUUCUGGUAGAGUAUAGUGAUGGGGAAUUGCGCUGUUUUUUCCGCAAGAGUUGACGCCACUCAGAGCUCCCACAUAUCUUCUGCUUCUGAAGCUUCUCAAGCUCCCAAGAAAAGAGGAGAGUCCUCUAGCGUGUCUUCUGCUUUAACGCUGCCUUCAUCAUCAUCUGGUCAAAAACACAGUGAGGGUAGUAGGCUUCCUACCCCAAGGUCCGAAGAAGAAAUAUUGCAAUCCCCAAAUGUGAAAGCCUUCACGUUUCUCGAGCUGAAGAAUGCGACCAGAAAUUUCAGAAGGGAAGGCCUUCUAGGGGAAGGAGGGUUUGGAUAUGUAUACAAAGGAUGGAUAGAUGAACAUACUCUUACCCCUACAAAACCUGGAACUGGUAUUGUCAUUGCCAUUAAGAAGUUGAAGCCCGAAGGCUUUCAAGGUCAUAAAGAAUGGCUGACUGAAGUUAAUUACCUCGGGCAACUUCAACAUCCAAACCUGGUUAAAUUGAUCGGAUACUGCUUAGAUGGUGACAAUCGGCUCUUGGCUUAUGAGUUCUUGUCUAAAGGCAGCUUGGAGAAUCAUCUUUUUCGAAGGGGGUCACAACCCAUGAGUUGGGCCACCAGGAUUAAGGUAGCUAUUGAUGCGGCUAGAGGCCUUGCUUUUCUGCAUAAUGCUAAAGAGCCUGUUAUAUAUCGUGAUUUUAAGGCAGCUAAUAUUCUUUUGGACACGGAGUUCAACUCCAAGCUCUCAGAUUUUGGUUUGGCUAAGGCUGGCCCGACUGGUGGCCGCACUCAUGUGACUACUCGAGUAAUGGGUACACAGGGCUAUGUAGCACCAGAAUAUAUUGCUACAGGUAGGUUGACGACAAAAAGUGAUGUUUAUAGCUUUGGAGUGGUGUUGCUCGAAUUAUUAUGCGGUCGUCGUGCUGUUGACAACUCUAAACAAGGUGUAGAGCAACAUCUUGUGGAGUGGGUGAAACCAUAUAUGGAGGAUAAGAGGAAGCUGUUUAGGAUCAUGGACACUAAAUUAGGAGGACAAUAUCCUCAGAAAGGAGCAACCAAAGUUGCAAGCCUUGCUCAAAGAUGUCUAAUCCGGGAAUAUAAGCUUAGGCCAUGUAUGUCUCAAGUUUUGGAUGAGCUUCAACAACUUCAAGCCCCAAAAGGCUCUCUUAAGUUCUCCUAGUCGGAUACCCAAAACAAUACUGAUCGACAACGUGUAAGGUGAUUGAGGAGGUGUAUGUAGCACUACACGAGAGUCUUUUCUCGUUGAGUUUAGCCACACAAAAAAAAAUCUAUGUGGUUUGGUGAUUCGAAAUACCAUUUUGAAAAAUGUAACAAAUUUAAUACGCUCUUUUGAGAGAUUUCUCCAUCUUUGUUUAUUUUCACUCUCUCUUCUUCAUUGUAUUAAUUUCGUUUCUUUCAAAAAAAAACAUUUUCAAGAGGUAGAUAGAAGGAAUAUUGGAAGUAGGUGGUUUAGGGGUGUCAUACAAAGUGGGAAGAAAGGAUUCAGUCGAUGAACUAGAGGAGGAUGCAGUGGACUGUGGACAUGAAGGAAUUGGUUCCGGGAGAUGAGGAGUACGUGGCUUUAAGAGUGGGUUUUUUGUUGAUGGUCUGGGUAGGUGAAUUGAGCUGAUCGGUCAAAGGAAUGGAGUUAGGGACAGUAGUGGACAAUGAGUAAGCGUAGGACAAUUGUAAGUUAACUGUGAUAAAACUACUACGUAUAAUUGAGGAAUAAGUAAUGGGAGAAUGCUCAAAAAUGAC